AUGUCACUAAAAGAAGAGAAGAUAGAGAUAGAAGAUAUUAAAACUGAAAAAGACGAUGAAAAUAGAAAGGACCCAACAUCAUUCUUACCAGAUGAGCCAAUGACCUAUGAAAUAAAAGCAAAAAAGAAGAAAAAAAAGAAAAAACAAGAAGACCCUUUUAAAGAUAUAGAAGAAAAAGUAUCUUUGCCAAUUACUACUGUAUUCGAUCCAGCGGUAGAAGUAGAAGAACCUAAGCAGGUCUUAGAUCCAGAAGUUAGUAUAAAAGUUGAGAAUAUAGAAGUGGAGCUGGACUUUAAUGAUUUUGCAAACGACAAUGGGUUAAUGUUGGAAGGUCCUCAAAGUGAAGAUAGUCAAGAACCAGCAGUUAAAAUCGAAGAACAAAAUCAUGAAGCGGUCUUGCUUACAUUCGAAAGCAUUAUCACUGAUAAAAGUGUUCUAGGCUUUGGUCCUAUUGCACCGGCACCUAACUAUGUGUGCAAAGUUUGCCAUCUAGUCUUUCAAUCCACAAAAACUUUAAGGAUGCAUCAAAAAAGAAAACACAAAAUAUUCAGAAAAGCAUUCAAAUAUAUUUGCCAUUAUUGUGCAAUGUCGUACGAGCAGAAGAACAGUUUGGUUGCUCAUAUUAAAAGGAAGCAUGGGCCGGAUUCAGCGAAUGAUGAUGGAGAAGAAAGAACUUGUGAUGUGUGUGCAUUGGUUUUUAAAGGAAUGACUAGAUUACGUAUGCAUAUGAGAAGAAAACACGGCUCCUUCGAAGAGUCGUUCAAGCACAUAUGUCAGGAAUGCGGGUUAACGUAUGACAAAUACCGAAGUUUAAUCGUCCACGUACAAAGAAAACAUUCUAAUGAAAAAAAACCAGAUUUGGAUCAGUGGUACAAUUGUCCGUUUUGCCCAAAAGUGUUUACGAAACGCGAAACUUACGCACGACACGUUCAAAGGAAGCAUAGAGUCGAUGACGAUGAUGAUCAGAAACAAGAAGAGCAGCAUAGUUUACUCGAAAAUUUCAAAAAUGAAGCCACUGGCGAAAUAACAUGUAAAGAAUGUCCAUUAGUCUUUUCAUCGCUCAAUUAUUUAAAGUUACAUAUGAGAAGGAAGCACAACGCGUUAAAAGAAGAUUUUCGAUUGAAAUGCAGGAUUUGCAAUCUAUCCUACGAUAAGAUUGAGAGCUUAAAACGGCAUAUUCGGCGGAAACAUGACAAGGCGUCAUAUUGUGACGUUUGCGAUAAGCAAUUCGAAACGAGAGAGAUGUAUCUCAGUCAUACACACAAAAGAAUGAUACAAGAAUGUCAUAUCUGCGGCCUAAUAUUCGCUUCACAAGGCGGUCUGUGCAAACAUUUGCGAUGUACGCACAAAAUACAAUCACCCAAAACGAUUAUGUGCACUCUUUGCAAUGAAACUUUCCACGAUAAGCGACAGUUGAAACCCCAUUACUUAAAAGUUCACCUAAAAGUGUCGUACACGUGUGCGUUUUGUAAGAAAGUUUUUAAAGCCAAGGAGAGUUACAGACGACAUGUUCUUCUCAAACAUCCGUCAAAUAAUCAAAAAUUAAACGAGCAACAAUGUGACCAAUGUCCAGAGAAGUUUCCAGAUGAAUUCGAACUAUGUCGCCACAUCAAUAUAGCCCAUGGAAAAAUGCACGAUGGCGAAAUGGGACCUGUAUCAUUGAUAGAAAUAAAGAAGGAAGAGGUUGAUAUACCAGACACGUUCCAAUGCUCAAAAUGUCCAGAGAACUAUGCGAGUUGGGAACAACUAAAGUUGCAUUUCGAACAAAACCAUCAAAUGGUUUCCCAAACACAAUGUCAAGUUUGCGGGGAAAUGGUUCCUGGGAAUGAAUUAGAGAAACACUUUAAGAGUUUGCACACAAAUACGUCAGUUCGGUGCAAAUAUUGCGAAUUCGAAACGUCCAACCGUGCGAGUAUGACUCAACAUAUGUUGCGACACAAAAACGCCGUUACUCUCAACUGUGAUUUCCCUGGUUGUAAAUACAAAACUUAUUAUGAAGGUGCUAUGGAAAAACAUAAAAGGAAACAUCGGGAUCAAGGCGUGAAACUCCAGUGCACGCAAUGUCCAUUCCAAACGAUGAAUAAAUAUAUAUUGAAAUACCAUGAAGAGGCCCAUGUCACUGGGAAGAAGAGGUACUCCUGUGACCAGUGCGAUUAUGCGACAAUUUUACCAGCUAAUUUAGUUCAGCACAAAUAUAAGCACUCUUCAGAAAAAAGGUUCAAAUGUGAGGUGUGCCCUUUCGCUACAAAGUACAACACGUCGUUACGUUUCCACGUUAAGAAGAAACAUUGUGAUCUCCCAACAUUCAGU